UUGUCGGAGCUCUGAUCCAACUAAGCCUGUUUACACGAGUAACAUUUCAAAACGUGACCAAAAUGGAGUCCGCUGUGAUUACCAAAAAUCAAGAAGUUAAUCAGGGAGAUGUCACAACUGAAGAACACCCAAUCGCAAAAGACAUCGAUAUCAGCCAAAUGCCACAAGAUGAGCUUUUUGGACCUGUCGCAGAAAAACCAAUGGAAAUACUUACCGUUAGAUCGAAGCCAAAAGUUGAUUUCAGCAUUGAAGCUAUCCUCUCGUCUCGAACAUCUCCUGCAUCAGCGAUCGUCGUCACAUCGUCCGAAAUCUUCAGCUCACAAUCGAAAACAAACUCCAUCAACGAUCAUGGCGAUCCUCACUUCUCCUGGGUCUACUGUACUCGCUACAGGCCACCAAAACUUCCACGUGCUAAGCGAGAAAUUAACUUGCGAAACCGUUACCGUAAUCCACGCAUACCCUUCUCGACCAUCGAGGUGAGCACGCUAGAGAGAAAGUUCCUUCAGACGCCUUAUCUCGGCAGUAAUGAGGUUAACGAAUUGGCUGCUGCGCUAAACAUGUCCCCUAAAAGAGUGAAGAUUUGGUUUCAGAACAGAAGGGCUCGUGAACGCCGCGAAAGGGAAGUUCAGUGAAAACACAAACGUCCUAUAUGUUCGUGUAUUGGAGUGAUGGUGGCUACGUUCGGAUCCAUGGUCGGUGAUUAACACUCACACA